GAGAGCUGCCGUCUCUCGGUGAAUAGCAGGCAAUGCAGGGGCCAGAUUUAAUUUAACGCAUGUAGCUUCUUAGCAAGAUGCGAUUCAUUUACAGACAUUAACUGUGUUCACUUAACUUGGCUCUGGACUUGGAGUUCAGAAAGAGACCCACGAAGCAGCUGGAAAAUCAGUUUUCAGGCCGCCGGGAAAGCAAACCACGCCACCCGGCUUCCGGGGAUUCAGGAGCCGCAAGCGAUUGACGGCAGACGUCGGUCGGUCGGUGGCUAGAGGGGGAGGAAAGACGGAGCGAGCGUUCACAUCGGCUCAGACAUCCACCUCUCGGUUCCAGCCACUUUCGAGAUGUCAAGAAAGCUGCACAGGACUGAAGUCUGCGCUGACUGCAGUGCGCCAGACCCUGGCUGGGCCAGCAUCAAUCGAGGGGUUCUGAUCUGUGAUGAGUGCUGUUCAGUCCACCGCAGCCUUGGCCGCCAUAUUUCAAUAGUAAAGCACCUGAGGCACAGUGGAUGGCCUCCAACACUACUCCAGAUGGUUCAGACUUUGGCCAGUAAUGGAGCCAACUCUAUAUGGGAACACAGUCUCCUGGACCCUGCACAGGUGCAGAGUGGUCGAAGGAAACCAAACCCUCAGGACAAGGUCCACACCGCUAAGUCAGAGUUCAUCAGAGCCAAAUACCAGAUGUUGGCAUUUGUGCAUAAGCUUCCAUGUCGAGAUGAUGAUGGUGUCACUACAAAGGAUCUCAGUAAGCAACUUCACUCGAGUGUGCGGACUGGGAGUUUAGAGACGUGUCUUCGCCUCUUGUCCCUCGGUGCUCAGGCCAACUUCUUCCACCCGGAGAAAGGCACCACCCCGCUUCAUGUCGCAGCGAAGGCGGGGCAGAUCCUGCAGGCUGAGCUGCUCGUUGUGUACGGCGCCGAUCCUGGAGCUCUUGAUAUCAACAGACGCACACCGAUGGACUAUGCUAGGCAGGCCGGCCAUGUCGAUCUAGCAGAGCGUCUCGUAGAGUGUCAGUAUGAGCUGACGGACAGAUUAGCCUUCUACCUUUGUGGCCGGCGACCAGAUCACAAAAAUGGCCACUAUAUCAUUCCUCAAAUGGCAGACAGAGCUCGUCCUAAGUGCCCGACACAGAGUCUUGACCUCUCUGAACUCGCCAAGGCUGCCAAGAAGAAGCUGCAAGCUCUCAACAACCGGUUGUUUGAGGAACUAGCUAUGGACGUGUAUGAUGAGGUGGAUCGCAGGGAAAACGAUGCAGUGUGGUUGACGACGCAGAACCACAGCACUCUGGUAACAGAACGAAGCGCGGUGCCGUUCCUGCCGGUCAACCCUGAAUACUCUGCCACAAGAAACCAGGGUCGUCAGAAGCUGGCUCGUUUCAACGCUCGGGAAUUCGCUACUCUCAUCAUUGACAUCCUGAGUGACGCCAAGCGGAGACAGCAGGGAAAAGGACUCAGCAGUCCUACUGAUCCACUGGACCUGGGCAUCGAUGAUGAUGAGCACGACUACGAUAAUGUAGCUUCUGAUGAAGACACGGACAGCGAACUGACCACCCAGAACAACAACAACACGCAACGCAGCAACCGUGCAAAGAGCAUGGACUCCUCUGACCUGUCCGACGGCCCCAUCACCCUGCAGGAGUAUCUGGAGGUAAAGAAGGCCCUAGCCUCCUCUGAAGCCAAGGUGCAGCAGCUGAUGAAGGUCAACAACAACCUGAGUGAGGAGGUCCGGCGGCUGCAGAAGGAGAUCACCCGGAUGCAGACAGAGAACAGUGCGUUACGGGGGGGCCAGCAGGCUGGGGGGUCAGCUGGCCAUGGGGUUGUGGGCCCAGGUGGAGGGGGGGGAGGCCACUGGGUGAGUGGCGGGAUGUUUGGAGGAGUUGUUGCUGGGGGUUUGGGUGGGUUCAGUUCAGGAGCUGACCCCACGGGGCUCUCUGUCCCCCCCUCAGCCAGCCCUUACCCCCCUCUCCACCGGAGGGACCGGCAAGCCAUCUCCAUGUAUGAGCCGGGGGCGGCCCCGGGGCCCACGGCUCACGGCCCCCCAGCCCUGGACUCCCUUGCAGCCCGCCUGCAGCCCCUCAACACACCCAGCGUAAGGAAGGGCGGAGUUAGUAGUCCAGGACUGUAUGGAGUCCAACAUGUGUCUGGAUCUACGGAGCUGGGCCGAUACAUGGUGUCCAAACCUGAGAAGCAUGGCAGCGGCACAGACAGUGACUAUGACAACACACACGAUCAUUUACAAAGUAUCGGCCGGAGCAGCGAAGAGGAGGGUCGGGGCGAGUCUGAGGAGGGAGGGGGCGGCGAGGCUGGCGAGCCAGACCCCACCCUACCAUGCACAGAGGAUGUAAUACUGAAGACGGAGCAGGUGACUAAGAACAUCCAGGAGCUGCUGAGGGCCGCACAGGAGUUCAAACACGACAGCUUUGUUCCGUGUUCUGAGAAGAUCCACUCUGCUGUCACUGAGAUGGCUUCCCUCUUCCCCAAACGGCCAGCCCUCGAUGCGGUCCACUGCUCCCUGCGCCUGCUGGCUUCCAGCGCCUCGCGGCUGCAGGUGGAGUGUCGCAAGGCGGCGCCCUCAGAGCCCGGGGCCCCGGCGGUGGACUACCAGCUGCUCACCCAGCAGGUCAUCCAGUGCGCCUACGACAUCGCGAAGGCUGCCAAGCAACUGGUCACCAUCACAACACGCGAGAAGAAGCAGUGACCGAACCAACACAGAGAUGGGGAGAGAGGCAAGAGGCCAAUGCAUGGGGGAGGGGCCUUCAGGGGAAAGGAGGAUGAGGGACAACACGAUUAGACUGUGGAUGGAGGAAGAGAAGAAAAGCUUGGAAGAUGCACGAGGAAGCAGAGAUUGCUCUGAACAAACAGCAAAAGCGUGGAAGUGAAGGUAGGGGAAGGACAGGUAGAAGGGUCUGAUCUGGAGUUGGAAUGAGAAGCGUUUAAUAAACUGCUGAAACUGUGUGGAAAACAUGAAACCUGAUGUUGGGAGAUGUACAGCGAACUGGAUUCUUAAACGUUAUUGCUUUAUUUAUUUUGGUCCAACGUUGUCCGUCCCAUUUUGUGCGCCUCGUCGCCUUGGGAAGAACUUUCUGCCACUGAGAGAGAAGCGGCACAGCCUCCUGGGAGAAGGCGGGACAUUCCUCAACUCCUUUUCCCUUUCCUCUCUUUCCUCCCUUUCUCCCUGUCUGUCUGUCCAACCUGAAGUGUGGACCCUCUCUGCUCCCGCUGAUGUCCCAGGCAGCACGCGCGAGCCAUGCAGGGGAGGACGCACCUCCACCAAGGCCCUCAAACUCUCCAGCUUUUCUACUGGAGGGCCUUGAAUUUUUCUUCCAACCCAUCGCUGUCUUGUUGUUGGUGGUCCACAGCAUGAUCCAGCAUGUUUUCAUUUCAUUUUUUUGUUUCUUUCUGAACCCGCAAAUCAGAUCGAUUUGCACCUCUAAGGACUUUCGCCCCACCCCUUUUUUACUGACUUAAACACUUACACUGGAAUAAUUAUGAUUUAUUGUUUAUCAUGUUUUUUUGUAUUGACAAUUUUACUGACUUGUUUUGAUUUAACUGUUUCUGUAAGUUUAUUUUACUGUGCUAAAAUGAAUUCAGACAUAACAGGGAGACAGCUGGGAGUACUUUCCCCUCUCGCUGGGAGAUGAGUAAAUCUGCACACUCGGAGAUCAACAAGAACCUGAGAACAGAUUCCCCAGCAUUUCUAAGCACUCUUCUUCUUUCCUCUCAUGUUGUCUUGUGGCCAAGGGGUUGAAACAGUUGCCAAAGGAGAGUGUGUUUCAUUUUCUGUCAGAGCGGAAGCCCCUUUGCCGCAUUGUAGACAGACCAGGAUCCUCAUCUAUCUUUUUUUGUGCUUGAUUUCUCCUGAAAAAAUACUCUGCCUCAUUUAUACAGCCAGUGGAAUCAUCUCAGAAUCAUUCGCA